UGGAAAACUACCAAAAGGAAACAUAUAUGACACGAUCCACUUCAAUUAUGGCGAAAAUGCUAAAGUGAUUGAAAAACUGAUUUUACAGAAGUAGACGGCUUCCUAAGGAAACAGCAAUAUGUACCUCAUAACUUGUUUAAGAGGAGGGAGGGCCAUUAAAAUAGGAGGUUUUAUUAUGACAUUAACCACCCUCCUUUGGUUGAGUACAAAUACAGACAUUGAAGUAUACAGAGAAAGGAGAGUGCGACGGGAAUCACAAGAUUACGAAGUCUACAAAAUAGACAUCGGUGAAAAUGGAGACCUCCCAUUAGAUUCGGAUAUCAGUAGAAAAAUGGAGAAGAAGGAUAUCGAGCAUGUGGAAAUUGUGGAUGAUGGCAAACUAAAGAAUAACAAAAAAGCUAGUCCGGAAAUGGGAAGUAAAGAAAUGGCUCCUAUUGUACCCGAAGAUGACUCGCCUACAAUGUCUCCAUUAGCUCGAAAACCAAAAAUAAUGAUUCCAAAACAAUUUAGAAAAAUGAUAGAAUCCAAUGCCAAUAUGUACAAAAAAGAUCUGAAGGGUAAAAAAUUAAAUAAGGCGUACGAAAAGGAGUUGCAUACGCUAUUUUCACAGACCAACUACACUAGAUGCAGUCGACUGAUAAUCGAGGCUGGGCUGCGACAUGAUGUUAAAUAUUUCGCUUUCCCAUAUAAAUACGAACCAUCUCCAGUUGAUGUCACCCUGAUGUCUCAUCUAACACUUAACAGGGGCUAUACGAGGAUCGCGAAGAUACUUGCAGCUUGGCCAGGCCCUGUAAGUUUCACAGUUUUUGGGACCGAUGAGGAGAUUAAAGCAUUUCUUAAGACCAAGCAUACUUGGAAACGAAAAAAUGUUGGGAUUCAUGCCAUAUACCAGGGCAACGAUACGAAAUAUUAUCCCGUGAACUACAUGAGAAACAUUGCCUUGUAUGCAACGAACACCUCACACGUAUGGAUGAUAGAUGCUGAUUUUACUCCCAAUCAGGAUGCCUAUAAGCUCAUCAAGGGCUAUAUUCCUCAUUUCAAUUGGACUAAAAAGCCAACGGCGUUGGUGUCACCUGCGUUUGAGACGUAUCUGCCAGAGGGCGGAGUGCCCGCCAAUAGAGCACAGUUGAUGAUAGACUUGAAAGAUCACGAUAGAAUAGAGACAUUCAGCUUCAGAAGAUGUCCCCGGUGCCAUAAUAACACAAACUGGCCCAUGUUUUUUAAUAGCACCAAGGAAUACAAGAUCAAGGGUGGAGGGACUUUCGAGCCUUACCUCGUUGUUCACAGAAAGUCUAUUCCGGUUUAUGACGAACGAUUCGUUGAUAGACAUUGGAAUAAAAUACUCUACGACUACGAACUUUAUGCAUUACAAUAUGAGUUUUAUGUGCUACCCGAUGUCUUCAUCGUUCACGAGCCACACGAACGUAUUCAACAAGCUCAACUGGAAUUCGAGUGCUUAGAUGUAAUUGGGAAAGAAGUAAAAAGGAAGUUACUCCUCAAAAAGAAGGACAUUGAACGAACUAUAAGAUUAAGAAAACGUAGUAAAAAACGGAAAAAGACACCAUCGGCAUCAAGAUCUAAAAGAUAGAAUUUUUUUAAAUGUACAUUGAGAGAUUACCCUAUAAGAAGCUCAGUAUAUUGGGAUUAUCCCGGGGCGAAUAUGAUAUAUCUACCCGCGAGGGCCGUAAACGAUAAUCUCAAUAUCCUGAACCGACUAUAGGAUGAUCUGUUUAUCCCAUACCAAUCUUGUUCAUUUGGUGUUCUGGUGUUGGAAUAUUCAUGUUCAGAUUCGUUUCCAUGGCCGUAUGUAUAACAUAUCUGCCCGGGAUAAAUAUGUAUAUAUUAUAUUAAAAACUAUAUAGUCAUUUCAUAUAUUUCAAGCAAUUCGAGGACGUCUAUCUCACCCGGGCACCACAAGUACAAGCCCUAUAAUAUGGCACCUGAGCGUCGUGAUGUCCAAAGGGCUAUCAGCAUUAUUUUAUAUACUGUAUUCAGUUUAGUAAGAAAGGAAAGAGGGAGGUGGUCAAAAAUAUCAGCUAUAUGAGAUUGGGAAUAUCAUAAAAGUGAUACCGGUGCUACGUUUUUUUAGUGCAAUUGUUUUU